AUGAAUGCCAUAGCAAGCCGCUCAACGCACGUGCGAGCAACGUGCAAUUUUAACACUGACGAACUUAAAUACAGUGAUUACUUGAGGGCCAAGUUAACCGAUAUCGAUGUUAUGCGCUUGAAUUUUGAUGGGUGCAAGAAAUAUGAAUUUAUUAGCGUACGAGGAUAUAACUGUACUAGCUGCACGGCUCACUUCGUCCAAAGGGAUUUUUGGCAUGCGCACACUGAUUCGUAUUACGGUCCAAGGAAAGGAUGUCAGUGUACCAGGCUAUCCGUAGGUGCAGUGAAGUCAAGACGAGGCGAGGAUAACUUCGGAUGGUAUGAAACGGUUAAUACGCUUCACACUUGUGUAUCGAGCAAUGAUUCGACAACUCAGUGGUGGUUUGGAGUGCGUUACUAA